GUUGAUAAAUUGAAGGUUUUCUUCGGACAUCUGAUAAUUAAUAAUAAUAAACCGUAAUCUUCUUCUUAGAUCUUCCUAGACGAUUUCUGUUGUAGUACACGCUAGUGGUGGUACAGUGACCGCCUACAUUUCCUCUAUCUCUCUACUCUCCCACACAAACACACCAAAUGGACAGAGCGGGCACCGUGUCACGUGGUACAAACCCUUUAUUGAACCACUAGACUCUCUGUAUACAACCUGUGUUACAGGCUGCACAGAAUAACCUAGACUACAGCUCUCCCCCGGUGGUUCAAGACAGUAUUGUUAGUGGAAAUCAACUACCUGUCUGGUGCUUGCUACCUGGUAAACUACUUUACAAAAACGUCUCUCUGCGGUUAUUUCAGUCCAUACCAUGAGACAUCUUGUGUUGUUGGCUGCGUUUUGCUGGCUGGCUUCUCGCUGCGACCUAGAUGUCAAGCUGCAACUCGUGGAACUGUUUCACAAAGUAAUCAACCCUGAUGUUAUCAAGAACGCAUAUAAAAGAACUAAGAGUGUACCUGCGGAUCAGGACCAGAUUAUAGCUCAUGUAGCGGAUGUCACAACUAAGGAGUUCAGUGAAGCGUCCAGUGCUAUCAGAAACAUUCAGAAAACAGCCGAACAGGCGUAUCAGAAACACACAUGGUCAAAAACCCUGGAGAAUUCGUUCUGGAACGCCUUCACAGACCCUAUCAGUUCAACUAAUGGGUCUCAUCUCCCUGUAACCUGGAUUAACAGGUAUAAAGGGAACGUUAGUUUGUCUUACUCGGCUGUUAACCUGCCCAUAGACGUGUUCCCAAACUGGACUGAUGUAAAGAACACUAUUCAGUGGACCAAGGGGUUAAACCAGGCCUUUACCGAGAACUACCACCACAAACCAGUCAACAUAUUCUGGCAGUACUUGGGGACCCCUCAAGGGAUUAUGAGAAGUUACCCAGCUUCUUUUAUCGAGGAGAAACAGAGGUUUACUUUCGAUGUUCGGCACAGACCCUGGUACAAUGAGGGUAUAGGGUGUCCUAAGGAUGUCGUGCUUCUUAUAGAUACUAGUGGGAGUCUGGAGGGGUUUCCUUCAAAGCUACUGAAAACUACAGCCAGGAAGAUGAUCGAGCUCAUCCUAUCAGACUCUGAUUUUGUUGCUGCUAUUGGAGUUGGAACGUCAGCUCGAUACCUGACCUGUAAUGGUCUGCUCCAGAGGGCAGAACUCGCUGUAAAGAAGCGACUGACAGCAGUAAUUGAUGACUUUCCUCCGUCCGGGACCAGCAACUGGACGCAGGGGAUCAUGAUGGCGUUCCAGAGUUACCAGAGAAGCAAGGAGGCGGGGCUGACGGCGGGGUGCCGCAGAGUCAUGGUCAUCUUCAGUGAUGAGACCUCACAGGAUCUUGACAAAGUGAUAGCUCAGUACGAUCCGGAGAGAAGUGUCAGAGUGUACGUCUUCUCCUUUAAACGGAACGAGGGUCUAUUUCAAGACAAGCUGGAUAAGUUAGCUUGUCUUUAUAAUGGGGUUUACAAGAAGAUUCUCUACUUUGGACAGAUUGGAAAUGCUCUUCAAAACAUCGUACAGGCGGAGACGAUGCACCUUUAUAAUGAGGAGAUAAGACCCACGUGGAGUAACGUUUACAAGGACCUGAAUGGAUUUGGUUUUGUAGUCACGGUUACUCUGCCAGUAGUGGUAGCCACCUCCCUCAGCGAGAGAAUCGUCACUGAAAUAGAGUUCAAGAACAGUGUCUCUUUUCUUGGUGUAGUUGGUCUAGACUUUAAAACAGACGCCAUUAUAACAAAAGCAAGCAGCACCCUCCCCUUGAACACCGCUCUGAUUCUCAUCAAUAAUAAAGGGUACCCCAUACACCACGAUAAACUUGAGGAGUAUGCCUGGAGCGAUGUAACCACAAAACUUCAGGACUUUCAGUACAGUGCUGAGGGCAAGGAGGAUCUGCGCUUGCUAGAAGAGAAAAUGAUGCAACAGGAGCAUGCCACUGUGAAGACCCGGGGUCUCUUCAGUGUCCAGUCCAAAAUAAGAGGCUCCAACACCAUACAGGAUAUAACAUACCAAACUGCUAAAGUGGAAGGGACCCCCUUCAGUCUGGCUAUCAGCUACACCGACUAUCCUGUGGAAUACAGGGUAGUGGAUACCCCCACCAUCUCUCUCAGCCAAAUUAGACGCCGAUUAGAGACUGGCGGGACAAUUAUGGGAUCCUUACAAAACUACACAAGUUCAGCUGUAAUGAGUCUCAGGUUAUUCACAGGUUGUUGAGGGGUAUGGAUACCGAUCAUAUCAACGAUGAGUUUAAGUUUGAGAGGAGCUCUUACUGUAAUACCAAAAUAUUCUCAGUGCUCACCGAUUUGAUUAUUUCCGACCAAUUCAGGGAAUCUUUCCUCAAAUCUCCAGAUCUGAACAUUCUAGGGAGAUACGUUAUAACGUAUAAUGGGCUGGUUUUCUUCGACAACAAACAGUGGAACUCAACUGAUAGAUCAGAUCUUAAAUCGUUGUCACCGUUUGCAAAGGUCAUGAAGAACUUGACUGAUGUGACGUACUAUGUAGGAUUACCAACUAAAAGGGGUUGUUUCGAUUUUGAAACUAUCAAUGUCACACAAAAAAUUAUAGUAGGAGGAAAACUGGUUGCUGCAGCAGGAUUCGAGAUGGAGUUGGAUAGUUUUAAAGAGAAUGUGUUCAGAUCGACUCGAGCGGAUCCAAACCUCGAAUCUGAGAUUUCUCUAGUUGAUGAGAAUGGGUAUAUGAUUGCUGAAGAUCCAUCUCAGAGGACCAGCAAGUUUCUUGGAGAGGAGCACCCUUACCUGCUACAAGAACUGAUAAAAAUAGGCGUUUACACCAAGAAGACACACGUAGAGUGCAUCAGAGAGUGCGCGAACGCUUCCAAAUUACAAACUCCAACCCCCGUCCCCACUUCCAGUGCCUCACAUCCCCUCUCCAUCCUCUCCAAGAGUCUCAGAACUAUAACCCUCUUAAUACACAUCCUCUGGCACGCAUUCCUCUUCACCCUCGUUAAACCUCAGACCCACUAUGAGUACAACACCAGUCUACUCUCUGAACAGCAUCAGGACAGAAUCAGGGCAGUGGAGUGUUGUCAGGAGUUCACCCACUACGAGAGAGACUUCUCUGUCUCUAUAAACGUGGCAUUGUCCAUACCCCGGCAGUGUGAUUGUGGCACCUCCUACACUGUCAGUCCCAUCCCCGAGACUAAUCUCUUAUCUUUAAAGAGAGGAACUAACCCUUACUGUGGAUGUAGAACACAAUCUGUGAGUUUGAGUCAGGGAAGAGAGACUAUUGUUUAUCAGAUGUGUUAUAAUUCCACAUAUCAGCAUCGGUUUAGACCCUCUAAGACUUGUAUUCUCGAUCAGGGGACUUUCACUGCACCCGGGUGCAGUAGUUCAGGAGAUAUAACUUUUAGUACCAUUCACAGUCAAUAUUUCACACUCUUAACACUGUUUUAUUUGCUUGCGUUUUAAAUAAUAUAGGGUUUUAUCAUUGUUUCGAAAUGGAAAACUGUUGUACAUAUUUACACUAUUGAUAAUU